GGUCAGGAUGCGAAAGUAUUUUCCGAUCCUACUCCUUCAAUGGCUGGCUGGCUACCUUUGCUAUUCCUGUGGAACGCAAUUUCAGUUGGAUGUCACGUUGGCGAUGAGGGGAUUCCUUCAGGGCAAGGUAUAUAGUUGACCUUCUUCUUUCCUUUGAGCAAACUCUUACUCUUUCAACAACACCAACAGCAACCAACAGCUACCACGUUCCUUUCUCCCCCACGGUCCUUUUCUCUCUUUAACACAUUCUUUUUUGCACUCCAAUUACAUUCAUUUCAAGCUUCUCAGCUUUUCAAAUUCAAUCUUUUCAACUCUUUACCAAAAUCUUACGAAACAUGUCUUCUGCCCGUGCCUUCCUCGCUGUUCUCGCUCUUGCUGGUAGCUCUUUCGCUGCUCCUGUAGCUUAUGAUGAUGGACAAUAGUAAGUGAAUCUUUUUCUCGCCUCCUUCGGCCGUACUCCCCAAGUCGUACAUCUUUCGCUCUGGCAAUUUCCGAAAAGAAGUAAGCAAGUUACUGACUUUGUUUUUCAGCCAUCCCCCAACCAAAUUUGAUGACGGUUCAUGGGAUGCCCCAACUGCUGUAGCCCCUGUGUCUACUCCCACCAAGGCCCCGGCUCCUAUCACCACUCCUGUUACCACUCAAGUCAAGCCUGUCACCACUCCACCCCCCACCAAAAUCACCUCCAUCGUCGUCAAGCCCACCACCACCGCACCCAAGCCAGCUCCCACCGUUCCAUCAGGCGGCAACACCUCCAACGGCCCCUCAGGCACCAAACAACACUACACGGGCGACGGCAGCAGCUGGCCCUCUUCCGAAAAAUGGCUCACCUUCGACACCCUCUGGAACCUCAACAAAGACGGGCUCUCCAAGGGCUGCGGGAGCGGCAUCAAACAAAACACGCCCGAAGAAAUCCUCGCCAUCCACGACGGGAUCCUCUCCGAGAGCAAAUCCACCGGCGUCGACAGCCGCUUCAUCCUCGCCGUCAUCGUGCAAGAAUCCCACGGCUGCGUCCGCGUCGGCGCCACGAACCUGGGUGUCAAUAACCCGGGUAUCAUGCAAUCCCACAAUGGCCCCAAUGAUUGUACAAAGGUCGGCUCCGGGCCGUGUCCCAAGGAGAAGAUCGUGGGGAUGAUUCAUGAUGGGACGUUUGGGACGGCCGAGGGGAGUGGACUUAAGCAUGGGAUUGAGUGGGCGGGGCAGAAUGGGGCGACGAGUGAGGCGCAGAGGGUUUAUUGGUCGUCUAGACUUUAUAACUCGGGCGAUUUUAGUUAUAAGAAGGGGGAUGAUUUGAGCAAUCCUCCUGAUGCUACACCUGCUUACUCGAGCGAUAUCGCCAACCGUCUUUUGGGGUUUGUGUUUUAAGCGAGUUCUUCCUCUGUCUCUCUUUUUUCAUCUUGGAUUUGGAGGGGCGACAGGAUGUCUUGAAGUUAGUGAGUGGGUGAUCUGGACGGGUUCUGGGUUGGGUUGGAAGAACCUGUACGAGUUUCCUUGCGUGCUGUAGAGUGGAAGCUACUGGUUGGAAUGGGCUUCUCCGACACUUUUGUACGAUUUUGGCAUUGCGUUGUUUUGAUUUGAUUUUUUUGGAUUUCUGCAUUUGAUCUUUUUUUCGCUUCUUUUUGGUUGUGGUUGUUGUUGUUGUUGUUGUUGUUGUUGUUGUUGUUGCUGUUGUUGUUGUUGUUGUUGUUGGCAUGUCUACGAUGGGUCUUUCUCGCUUGCAUAGAAAGGACCCUCCUGAAUACUCUUUCUUGGUCUUCUGUUCUGGUUCUUCUGUUCUGGUAUGGCGGCUUUUUUGGGAUGGGAUAGAUUCAGUUUAGGAAAAAUACAUGGGAUAGGAUAGGGGUGAGGAUUGUAUGGAUGUACGAGCGUUAGGUAGUUAAGUCACUGGAUUGAUGG